AUGGAUAGAGACCAGCGAGAACCGCCGCCGCACACGAAUUCGAAUGGGUAUUUCGUCCCUGACGUCACUUACCUAGACCCAGGAAAUCGUCGAAUGCGAAUCGUCACCAUAGGUGCUGGCUUCUCGGGCAUAAUGUAUGCAUAUCGCUUUCAGAAUGAACUUGAGAAUGUCGAACACGUCAUCUAUGAAAAGAAUGGUGAUAUUGGCGGGACGUGGCUGGAAAAUCGCUAUCCUAAUUGCGCCUGUGACGGCAAGUCAUUCACCAUCGUUAUAGCAGUCAAUGAUUCUAUCUGGAAAUACCUCGAUCGUGUAUGUCGAGUUUGGGACCUGCGUAAGUAUAUGCAGUUCAACAGCCGUGUGAUUGAGGCGACGUGGAAUGAGGAUCUUGGAAAGUGGAUGCUAAAGGUAGAGCAAACCUACUCGGACGAAAGCACGAGUGUGUUGGAGGAUGAAUGUGAUGUACUUAUUCAGGCUACGGGUAUGCUUAACAAUCCCAAAUUGCCGGAGACUCAGGGAUUAGGGUCCUUCAAAGGUCGAGUGGUACACACGGCACAAUGGCCUGAUGACUUCAAUGCCGCUGAAUGGACCGGGAAGAAAAUCGUCAUCGUAGGAGCAGGAUCGUCCAGCAUACAAGCGACUCCCGGAAUGCAACCGUAUGCGAAAGAACUGCACGUUUUCAUACGAUCCAAGUCCUGGCUGGCGUCCGUUCAACCAAACUACGGUUUUGUGAGGCUCGCAUUUCUCUGGCCCAACCUCAACAACGUGAUACUGACAUCAGAGUUCAAGGGUCUCAAGAAGAACAAGAGAGUUUUGCCCGUGAUCACGCAAAAUUGGUUUCGCAAGCACGAGUCUAUGAAGCAGGAAGUCUGGAAAGCCUUGUUCAAAGAUUCUCUCGAACAAGAGGCUCUCCGGUCGCGCUUUCAACAGAUCAUGCGCGAUGAACUUGAGGACGAAACACUCGUGAAGGGCUUGGUUCCAGAUUUCGCCGUGGGCUGUCGAAGAACGUCUCCGGGUCGCGCAUUUAUGCAAGCACUGAAAAAGCCGAACGUAUUUCCUCAUUUCACAGCACUGGCCAAAGUGCGUGAAACCUCUGUGAUUGGAGCGGAUGGUAGCGAGAUUGCAGAUAUUGAUGCCAUUGUCCUCGCGACUGGGUUUGAUACAACCUACUUGCCUCGAUUCAAUGUGGUGGGCAUGAAUGGUAUUUCUCUGAGAGCUAAAUUUACACCCAACCCGGAUUCCUAUCUUGGAAUCGGUGUUCCAGAUUUUCCAAAUUUCAUACUUACCUUCGGGCCUACCUUUCCGGUACUUACGGGAUCAGUGACGGCCUCAAUUAGUGCUGUGGCAGACUAUGCCAUCCAGAUGAUCAAGAAAAUUCAGGCUGAAGACCUCCUCUAUGUUUGUCCACGACAAGAUAUUACGGAUCAGUUCAACGAGCACUGCCAAACCAUGUUGCACGGAACCGUCUGGGAAGAUCACUGCAAUUCGUGGUACAAGCGACCAUCGGAUGGUCGCAUUACCGCAGUCUGGCCUGGUAUAUAA